AUGGUCAAGUCGUACCUGCGCUACGAGCGCUCGUGCUCUUUCGGCGUGAUCUCGUCCGUGGAAGGCAACGUCAUCUACGACGCCAGUGGUCGCUUUGCUGUCGCCCCUGCACUUGAGUCUGCAGCUGUGUGGAAUAUUCGCCAAGGCAACAAAGUGCGGGACCUCCAGAUAUCUGAAAAUAGCGGUAGCGGUCAAGUGACGGCAUUGGCUCUAAGUCCUGACGGCAAUGACGUGGUGUGUGGGUACUCUUCCGGUGUCAUCUGUGUGUUUAAACUUGCUACGGGUGCUCUCAUUGUGACUCUGGACGGUCACAAGAGCGCAGUGGAGACGCUGACGUACCGCUCAGAUGGUGCAGAGUUGGCUUCUGGUUCUCGAGAUACGGACGUGAUUGUGUGGGACUUGGUGAGCCAGACGGGGCUCUUUCGACUCAAAGGACACAAGGACGCGGUGACAGCAGUUGCUUUCUUGACACCCAGGACAUUGGUCUCGAGCUCAAAGGAUACGCUCGUGAAAGUUUGGGACUUGGAGACACAGCACUGUUUGCAGACGUGUGUGGGUCACCGAAACGAAGUGUGGUCGUUGGCUCUGAAUGUGAAGGGAGAUCGACUUGUGACGGGCGCGUCGGACAAUCAGCUAAGAGUGUGGAGCGUCCAGCAGACUGACAAGGAGGGAGAGAUUGUCAAGCUCUUGGGAUCUAUCUGUAGGCAGAGCAAUGACCGCGUGUCGAGCGUUGCAUACCAUAUCAAGGGAGACUUGGUGGGAGUGCAAAGCGCAGGGAAGACGGUCGAGAUCUACCGUGUGCGGUCAGCAGACGAGAUCAAGAAGAAACGCCAACGUCGCGAAAAGCGACAACGUGAAAAGGCCAAGAAAAAGCAGCAGCAGGUUGAGGAGGUGGGAAAGAAGAGCAAACCACUGGCGUUACAUAAGACACAGGCAGCUAAGGAGGAGGAGGAAGAGGAUGCUGCUGACAAUUUGGCAACGGAUGAACUAGAGCUCUUGUGUGUGGUGCGAUCGUCUCACCGUGUCAAGUCGUUUGCGUUCUCCCCUGACGUUGCCAAGGACGGUACCACGUCGUUGAUGCUUGGAUUGCAGAACAAUAGCAUCGAGACGUACACGCUCUCACCAAGUGCGACGACGCUUGAGAACAGAUACGGAAAGUCCCAUGUACUUACGUUGAGUGGGCACCGAUCUGAUGUGCGUCAAGUAGCGAUCAGUUCAGAUGACCAGCUCGUUUUGUCGCUGGCAGGUGCGUCUGUGAAGAUCUGGAACGCUCGUUCACUGCAGUGCAUUCGUACGUUGAGCGAUAGUCUUUCUUUGGCACUGUCGGCAGUGUUUGCACCAGGCAACAUGCACGUUGUUGUGGGUACAAAGCUUGGUCAGCUGCUGCUCUUCGAUCUGAACUCAGGCGAGUGCAUUUGGAAGGACGAGCAGGCUCACAAUGGUAGUGCUGUCUGGUCCAUCGAUGUGCGUCCUGAUGGACGUGGUAUUGUUACUGGAGGUGCGGAUCAGCGCGUAAAUUUUUGGGACUUUGAGAUGCACCGUUCCGACAAUGUCGAGAAGAAUAGCACGUUGCGUCUAGGCCUCUCACACACCCGCAUGCUCAAGAUGUCGGAUGAUGUGCUGUGCGUUCGCUAUAGCAACACAAAGGACUCCAAAAAACUGGUUGUAGCAGUGGCUUUGUUGGACUGCACGGUCAAGGUGUUUCACGAUGACUCGCUGAAGUUCUUUGUCAGCUUGUAUGGCCACAAGCUUCCGGUCAUGUCGAUGGAUAUAUCUUCGGACGACGCGAUGCUAGUGACGGCAUCUGCUGACAAGAAUGUGAAGCUGUGGGGUCUUGAUUUUGGCGAUUGUCACAAGUCCAUUUUCGCACACCAGGACAGCAUCAUGUGCGUGCGCUUCGUGCACAAGACGCACUACUUUUUUACUGCCUCGAAGGACAAGUCGAUCUGCUACUGGGACGGCGAUCAUUUUGAGCGUAUUCUCAAGAUUGAUGGCCAACACUUUGGCGAAGUGUGGGGACUUGCAGUAAGCUGUGAUGGUAGUUUCGUUGUGAGUUGUUCGCAGGACCGCUCGCUAUGCAAAUACGUUCGCACGGAGGACCAAGUAUUUAUUGAGGAAGAAAAAGAGAAAGAGAUGGAGCAGCUUUUUGAAGACGAGCUGACGUCGAACAGUAACAACAAAGGACCGGCUCUGGGCAAGGACAAGAGUGAGGCUGGAGAGGCGAGCAAUGCCACAUCAGCUCCAGCUGCUAAACGCACCAUUGAGUCAGUUCGUGCCGGCGAGAGUUUGAUGGAAGCUAUUGACUUGGCUGAAACGGAGGUGCAGGCUAUUGCUGACUUUGCAAGAGUGCAGAAGAAGAAGCUCAAGGAGGCUGCUGCCGCCGCGAAGAAGCUCAAGCAGGAGAAAAAGAAGUCGGUGGAGGAGGCGACAUUGAACGCUUUGCCUACGACGGAAGACAAGCUUGAAGACGAGCUCGGGGAAUUGAAGAAGCUGAAGAAGGCAAGUCGUCCGCCGAAUAUGCUGCUGUUGGGUUACUCGCCGCUCAAGUACGUGCUCCAGACGCUGCGGCGUAUCCGGCCGCAUGACAUGGAGGCAGCACUUAUUGUGUUGCCGUUCGACUACGUGGAGCGUGUGAUCCGGUUGCUGUUGCAACUGAUUUCGAGUCAUUUGGAAUUGGAGUUCUGCUGUCGCGUACUGCUUUUCCUGCUCAAGCUGCACAACUCGGCUAUUUGUGCGCGUGUGGGUCUUUUCACUGAGCUUGAGCUACUGUGGCAGCGAUUACGCUCGCAACUUGUGGAGAGUAAGAGUCGCAUUGGUUUUAACUUGGCUGGUCUCAAGUAUUUGAAACGUAUGGUUGAUGAAGAAAGGACUGGAUUUGUUCAAGAAAUCGCUUCGACGUCAAGUAGCCGCUCGAAGAAGAAGCGAAAGGUGGUCGAAGCGAUACCGUUUGCAGUCUAG